UUAGUAGUAUAUUUAAGUUAGUCCAAUGUUUCCAAAAAUAUUUUUGAGCAUAGAGUCAACAUGAAAUACUAGCGAUAUAUCACAUGUCUCUGUAGUGAUGUGAAAUCGUUUAUACAAACAGCACAUCUCAGCCAGGGCCGACCACAUAUAAUUAGACAGCUGUUCUAAGGAUGCAUUGUCAAGUGGGAAGGUAGGGCAGGAAGAAGGGGUGUGUGAAACAUGAAAAUAGGUGGGAUAAAAAGACCUGGUGAGCACGAGGGUCUGGCUUUGUCCACAGGGCAGGUGAAUGCCUAGGGAUCCUGGCAGCUUGUCCACAGGGCAGGAGAAUGCCCAGGGACCCUGGCGGCUUGAUCUCUGACCCAGUUUUGGGAAGAGCUGGAAUCCAAAUACCCCAAUGCCUUCUGUCUUGUGGCUGUCAAACUCUCUGAUCCUUAGAAAUCCUCUUUGCCUUUCAAUUUGUAUCUCUUUCUCCACACUUGUCCCAAUGAGUUGUUAUUAAAUUGGUUGUUCUGGAGUAAUUUCUUGGGGUGGUGGUGGUGGUGGUGGAGGUGGUGGUGAGUGCAUAUUGCCAGACGAGGGGAACGUGCAUUUGGGCUCGAAAUUCGAGGUCAGUCUCAACAUCACAGGCUGGACUCUGAUGCCACUGCCAGCCUCCUAGCCUGAACUAUGGCUCUCACCUGCCCAGCGUGACAGGAAGCGGCUCCUCCCCAAUGGCCUCACCUCUCUGUAGCCAAGAGAUUCCAGGAAACCCCAUUUCCAAGUGACCUCAUGAUGCAAUACGCUGCUCCCCACCCAAGGGACCGAAGGCGACAGGAGUGGAGAGCUAGGUCACCUGCCUGCCCCUGGGAAACGCUGGGUAGUCAAGACGCCCUGGAGUUUGGACCUGCUUAGCUGCUGGGUUCUGGGCGUGGCAGCCAGGUGACCUCGCUGAGCUGACAUUCCUGCCUUUCUUUCAGCCUCCGAUUCCUUUGCUUCUGUGACAGUGACGCACUUAAAAGUGACUCAGUUUCAGGGAAAGGAAAUUGGAGUGGACCGAGUCAGAAGACUGUGGACAGGCAGGGGAAGGCACGGUGAUGCCCUCAACCCGGUCCCUGCGGGGACUUCACCAAGUAGCCUGUCCUGUCUGCACCCGACCCUUGCAGGAUGCGGUGACCACAGCCUGCGGACACACUGUCUGCCUACUCUGCCUCCCGCGCACCCCAAUGGGAGCCCAGCUGCUGUGCCCUCUCUGUCAGGGGGCAGAAGAGGAGAAAAUCCAGGCCGCAGUGGCCCCGGUGUCCCUAGGUCCCCUGAGCGAGACCUACUGUGAAGAGCACGGAGAGAAGAUCUAUUUCUUCUGUAAGACAGACGCGGAGCUGCUCUGCGUGUUCUGCAGGGAGGGCCCCGCCCACCAGGCACACACUGUGGGGUUCCUGGAUGAAGCCAUCCAACCCUACAGGGAUCGUCUCAGGAGUCGGUUAGAAGCUCUAAGAAUGGAGAGGGACAAGAUAGAAGAUAGGAAAUGUCAAGAAGACCAGAAGCUCCAGGAGGUUCUGAUGCAGGUUGAAAGCAAAAAGCAUCAGGUAGAAGCUGCUUUUGAAAGGCUGAAGCGGGAGCUUGUGGACCAGAGAUGCCUCCUGCUGAACAGGCUGGAGGAACUAGAACGGCAGAUCUGCAAGGAGAGGGAAGAGUACAUCAGCAAAGUCUCCCAGGAGGUCGACCGGCUGAGUACCCAGGUGGAGGAGCUAGAGGAGAAGUGUCAGCAACCAGCAAGUGAGCUUCUGCAAGAUGCCAGACUCAAUCAGAGCAGGUACGAGCUGAAGACUUUUGUGAGCCCAGAGGCCAUUUCCUCUGAUCUUGUCAAGAAGAUCCGAAACCUCCACAGGAAAAUACUUAGCCUCCCAAAGAUGAUGAGGACAUUUUCAGAAAACUUGAUGCAGCAUCUGGAGACAGAUUCAGGUAAUCAACAAGGGCUCUGGGGGGUCAGGGUUUCCCCUGAUACCCAUUCCACCCAUGGCCACAAACAGCAAUGAGAUGUGCUUACCUGACACCUGACUGCUUGGGGUCUUGGGUCUAUUAACCCUUUUCUUCCUACCAUUGCUCCUACACUAUAAAUCCAUUUGAGCAUUUAAUGAAUGCAUGCAAGGACCUCCGCACAGUACCUGACACACAGUGAAUGCUAAAUAUUCUCAGUUACAUGUAGACACUCAUCCAUAAUAUGUAUUAAGCCCCUGAGCUUUGUCCAGAAUUAUGCUAGAUUCUCUGUAGAUUUGAAAUACUGUCUAUUAAAAACCUAGCAUUUGCUGGGCAUGGUGGCACACACAGUUACAACCCCAGCAGUUGAGUGAUAGAGGCAAUUAGACUGCCACAGGUUUGAGGUCAGCCUGGGCUACAAAGUCCGUUUCUGGGAGGCAGGAUGUAGGGAGGGGCUGGGUUCUAAGGAUGUAUUAAUAACUUCCUGCUAGAGUUUGCUUGCCUACCCCAUAAAGCCCUAGUGCCACAAAACAGGGACCAGGGGAGGAAAGAGCAAAAAUAUUUACUUUCAAAUUGGAGCUUAAUCGUUCCCACAAGCACUUGUCUGUUCUUAUAUUGAUCCCUACUUCUCUAACGUACUGUAGAAAAUUUACCCACUCACCUGGUUAAAAUGCAAGCUCUUGUUUGGGUAGCCUAGGGCAGGGGCCAAGAUUUUGUGUUUCUUAACAGGCUCCUAGGUACUGUGCUGCUGCUGUUCUGGCCACUUCACUUUAAGAAACAAAUCCUCAGACACAGCUGUCACUCCUGUCCUUCAGAAACAGAAGCCUAGGAAGCAGGCAGCCUGGAUGGAUGCCGCUCCAUCCUGAAGCGGGGAAGAGGUGUCACUCUGGACCCACAGACCACAAAGCCAAGUCCAGUCCUCUCUGUGAUUGCCACUUGAGUGGCGGCUGCAUCAUGAGAAUGGUCCCCUAAGUGUCCAGGGUGAGGGGAUGGCAGGACCUGAGCACCAAGGACAUUGUCUGGGCCAUAAUACUUUUGCUCCAACUGGCCAGCGCCCACCUGCCAUGCAAAAGGAGACACAGCUGUCCUGCGCAGUGUAGAUGUGACCAGGUGUGGGAGAGACCUUGCAAAUGUCCCACACCAAGGCUUCAGUCACCAUCUUUUUCUAACCCUAUCCCACCUGGAAAGUAAGUUCCUCUGCCUGCCUUUGAAAGACUAAGGUGGAGCCAGGGAAAUGCGGCAGACACACCAGCACCCUUGGAACCCAGCUCUGUCCCUAGCAUUCAAAUGGGAAUCUUGUGUAGCAAGUCCUUUCACUCCUGUUCCUGGACACGGUGAUCUCUCUGAAUGGAGAGCCAGCAGACAGGAAGGCAUUGUCCUAGACACCAGCAAAGCUAUGAGUCAAUGGGAUUUGGAAGGGAAGCAAACAAAAAGCUGUAAAAGCUUCAAAAUGACCACUGUAGGGUAACCAGGAACCUGUGACUUGUACUAAUUUAUGACUUUUGGACACGAAGCUGGAGAUGCUACAGGGCUUCAUCAACAACUCUGGGUGGACCCUAAAGCCCCUUCAGCUCAUUUAUCUACGUUCUGAGAGGAUGUUUUAAUAAAAUAUGUAACCUAAG